AUGUAUUUAGCCAUAACUGUUCUAUUGCUUGUGCUGCUAACAGAAUCGAUCCUUUUUCUUGGAUACUCUUAUAUAACAACCAUUACCUAUGACCUGUACGUGAAAAUAACAAGAGACAACCGCGUUGCAAAACAGAAAAAAAUGAAGACAGAUGUUCUUAGACUGAAAGCAGAACUGGGCCAGACAAGUUCGCAAGAUGAGUUUUCAAAAUGGGCAAAAUUACGUAGAAAGUUGGAUAAAGCAGUUGCUGAUUUAGAGAAAUUAAACUCUGAUAUUUCAUACUCAAGAGCUGCUUUUGAGCUUAAAGUCAAGUCUGUAUUAUGGUUUUUGGUUCAUGGAUCUCAAGUCGUCAUGGUAUUAUGGUUCAGAAAAAGUGCUGUAUUCUACCUUCCUCCUGGUUGGUUUGGACCUGCUCAACGUUUCUUGUCAUGGCCAUCUGCACCUGAAGGCUCGGUUAGUGUUGGUAUUUGGUUUGCAGCUUGUAGAAGAAUGAUCAAGGCUUUAGCACUCACAGUAAACGAUUUUGUUCUCGUUCCAUCCACUGAAAAGAAGAUAAAGACAACUUAA